CAGAGAAUGGCAGACGAGCUGCUGCUCAAUUUUGCAGCGGGCGAGGCUCCAGCACCGGCAUAUGCCAAGAUCAAAGGCGGAAAGUGGACGGGCCGGGUCAAAGCAAAGCAAAAGCUAAAGUAUAACGCCAAGAAAGUCGCUCAACGCACGGAAGGUGACAGAGCUGCACAGCCGUCCACGCAGCCCAGACCAGCGCCUCAAUCCCUUCAAGUCUUGCCUGAGACUCACACGCAACUAGCCCAGCCAGCGAAAGAGGUGCCCCAGGGUAUCAAGUCUGCGCAAGAACCGCCAAAGAAGCGCAGACGGAAAAGUCCUCCGCUCGAGGCUGAUGACGAGUUCUCUGCUCUACUCGAUCAAGCUACACCAACAGCAGACGGCGAGAAGGUCAAGCAUGCCGCACCUGCCGGCAAAAAAUACAUCUCUUCCCUCUUCUCGUCAAUGCCAGAGAUCCGUGAGCCCGUUGUGCAGACUCAGCCAAGACCGAGCGUCUUGACGCCGAGCAAUGCCCCCACGCUUGACGGCUCUUUCGAGAGCCUCGGUAUCUCCAGUGUGCUCUCCAAGCAUCUCACCAGCGAAAAGAUGAACCUGCAGAGGCCGACCACGAUCCAACAACUCGCUGUACCGUUCUUCACGCGACAGAGUCAAAGCGAGCAGAGAGAUGCGAUAUUGCGCGCACAGACUGGCUCAGGCAAGACGCUAGCUUACUUGCUACCUAUCUUGCAAGAUCUCAUGGCACUCAGCAAUGCCUUUGCUGCCGAAGGCAAAACGCUCGAUCGAAGCGUCGGCACGCUUGCUAUCAUCAUUGUGCCGACGCGCGAGCUAGCCAAUCAGAUCUGCGAAGUUGCUACCAAGCUGCUUAGCUUUGCUUCCGAGCGCUCUUCGGAUCAAGGCAGCAAGACGGUCUCGCACCGUUGGCUCAUUCCUGGCUUGCUUUCCGGCGGCGCGCACAGGCAACAUGAGAAGGCCAGACUACGCAAAGGCGUGCCUCUUCUCGUCGCCACGCCCGGUCGCCUUAUUGAUCACUUGCAGACCACGCGUUCCUUCCGCUUAGCAGGCGAACCGGAACGCCCGAAGCAGCAGAGCAAGCCGAAGAAGCCAUCAGAAGAGGACGACUUCGAUAUUGAGGAUCGACCGUACGUGCGACCAGAAGGCGCAGCGGACGAUGAAGACUCUGAGGAAGAUUUCACGCUGCCACAGUCGCGAAGCUAUCGUCCCAGGAAGCCAAUGUAUCAGCCCGUCAAAGAGAUCGAUGCGCGCUUACAUCUACGCUGGCUCGUUCUGGAUGAAGCAGAUCGCUUGAUGGACAUGGGCUUUGAGCCUCAGAUCACGUCAGUUCUCGAAGAAUGCGCAAAGAGGCAAAGUCGUAGCAGUACCGCCCGUCGUACGAUCUUGUGCUCUGCGACGAUGGCAGACGGCGCAGCAAAGCUAGCCACGAUGGCUUUGCGCGAUCCACUUCUUAUCAAAGGCGAUGGUGAUGCUCCUCCUGGUACCCAACAGAACGGAGCAACUGUCGACCGUUUUGCGCCGCCCUCACAGCUGACCCAAUCGUAUAUCAUGACGGCACCCAAGCUACGUUUUGUCUGCCUGGUUGCGUUGUUGCGCCAGAUCUUCACCCGUGGUCUCCGCAAGACAAACGAUCGCGGUAAAAAGGUCCUCGUUUUCAUGACAUGCACAGACGCGGUCAACUAUCACUGGACAGCACUCGGUGGUCUGUCAAUGGAGCGCUCCGUCGAACAAGAGGCAGGCAAGCCAAAGCCAGAAUCGCUGUCCGUGCAGUCGCAGUUACUGGGCAAGGUGCCCAUCUUCCGCUUGCAUGGCAAUCUCGAGCUUGCUACACGCUUGGGAUCUCUCAAAGCUUUCAGCGAGAGCGAUAGCGGUAUCUUGCUUUGCACAAGUCUGGCUGCGCGAGGUCUUGAUGUGCCUUUUGUCAGCAACGUCAUACAAUACGACUUACCGACCGAAGGGGGCGCGACCGAGUAUAUUCACCGUGUUGGACGAACUGCUCGCGCUGGUAACGUCGGCGAAGCUUGGGCCUUUGUGUUGCCGACUGAAGCUGGCUGGGUCGACUGGGUGCAGAACAAGAUGAAAAGCAAUUCGGUCAGCGACGCGCCAAAAGCUCUGUCGGACAUGCGCGAAGUUGCGGCAAAUGAGAUUCUCUCGAAGGGCUUUGGAGGCGAAGACUACGAGACUCGUGCGACCGACGUACAAAUGAACUACGAGCGCUGGGUCGAGAGCAAGCCAGAAUACGGCGCAGCGGCCCGCAAGGCUUUCACGUCGCACGUCCGAGCAUACGCUACACAUCCUUCGGAAGAGAAAGCCUUCUUCCACGUCAAGAAUCUUCAUCUUGGUCAUCUCGCAAAGGCGUUUGGUUUGCGAGAUGCACCUGCCGGUCUUGGAGGAGCUGUCGGAAGAGCUCAGCAAGAAAUGAAGACUAAACGAGCAAAGGCAGACGCAAGCGACGAUGAGCCUGAGAUGGGCAAAUCUGGCAAACCGAUGAUACCCCGCUCAGGCCGUGCGCUCGAUGGCGGUCGAAUGCAUGCAGCAAAAGCCGGGCAAAUUGGGGAAUUCGCCGUCGGCGGUGCGAGUAUGGUCGAGAGCAUGCUUAAGCGCAAGCGGUAAGGUGUUUCGCGAGCUCAAGCGAAUUACUUCAAGGAACCGGACGUCUCAGCAAGGUAGUAUAUUUUGGAUCGUGUUGUCCCAGUAUGCAUAUGCACGCAGGUU